AUGAAGUUGAACCUUGUGUUAGCACUGAGCAGCGUUCUUGUUUAUUUGGAAUUUGUUGAGUGUAGGCCAAUUAACUAUUAUGGUGUUGUUAAGUUUUUUCAUGGUAUGUUUGUUUUUAUAAUCUUUAAAUAGCAAAAAUAUUUUUACUACAUGUGUACUAUAAUUUGAAGCCCCAUUCCAAUCCUCAACAAUAGAAGGUGUCUUCAGUGACAAACUAAGCCCAUGGGAUCUGGUCAUGGCUAUGCCAAACUCGAUAACUCUGGAAAACAAUACUAUCUCUAUAGAUAAGCUGCUAAACUAUGCUAUCAACAACAUCAAGAACCAAGUUAUCUACGACUACUGGGACUCUUACUAUCUUCGGCUCUACGGAUACCCCUUUUCUACUUUAACAUACAAUCACAAACCUGCUCACGAAAGCUUUCUCUCUCAGCUUACAACGUAUCUUCGUGACUCGUACCAAAGAGUUCUUAUGGUAGGGGUCACGUUCUUCACCGGAAGCAACUCAGAAGCCGAGUUCUUUGUGUGGAGAAAAGACAUCAGUAUUCUGGAAGAAUUUUUGGUUAGCAGAUACCCUAAUCUUAAGAAUGGCAUCAUAGGAAUAUUGAAGGAGUACGAUACUAAUGGACUGAACUUUCAUCUCUUUGAGGAUUCUUAUAACGCUGUCACUUCUGAAUUGAAUUGGGAGUUGCUUGAACUAACUUCGAACUUUGCCAAGGCUUAUUUGGAGAAAGUUUACUCUCCCUUUGGUCUUGAAUAUCUCAAUCAACUUUGGAUAAAUUUUAUUUUUUUAAAUUUACUUUGA